AUGUCUGGGUUGGCCGUGCUGUGUUUUCUGCUUGUGCAGACUGGAGUUCACAGUUUUGGUAUAUUUAAUGGAGAAUCUCUCAGUCACCAAGUUAUCACAGAAAGAGCCAUCCUAAACGUCACGGUUCAGGUGUGCCGUAGCCUAGCUCUGUCUGAGGGCAGGGACUUCCCUUCUCUUCCUCAGCCUUUUACCCCUUCAGCUGUUGCUGCUGUCUGCGGAGCAUCAAAAUCCUCCAAAAGUUUCAUCAAAACCAUCCAGCGGAUUAAGACGAAGAACUGGCAAACGGACAUUAAAUAUCCCCUGAGUGCACGCCGUCACUGUGAUAAUGAGAAGCUGAACGAAGGAAAGAAGCUCAUCACAGAUGGUUUAUCAAUCGUAAAAGCUUCCAAUAAUAAGCAGAACUUUGUUUCAGCAACAUCGAGUCUGGGAAGACUUCUCCACACAUUACAGGAUUUCUACAGUCACAGUAACUGGGUGGAAAUAGGCAACAGAUUUCCAAACAGCAAUUUGAUCAGAGCGAACGCCCGUGUUGGAAACAUAGCAGCUAAAGCUAAAGCAACCUGCCGCACCUGCAAUGGAGAUGACUGCAGGAACAACAUUUUGAAGGACAUUCUUGAGAACAAGAUACUUACUUCAGGAUAUUUCAGUGUGAAUCCUUUUUCCAAACCCUCAGGGAAAUGUAGCCAUGGAGGUUUCCCUGAUAGUACGAGUAUGAUGGAACCCAAAGGUGGAAUCAACAAAGACACCCUGACGUCCAGCCAUGGACACCUCCACCGACAAGCAGCAAAUAUGGCAAUAGCAGCAACCAGUCAGCUGCUACAGGAUGUUCGAGGUGCAGCUGGGGAUAGAGAAUUCCUUGAGAUGAUGGGACUCUUCAAGGGCAAACCCCUUUGUUUUGUGGUUGACACAACAGGAAGCAUGGGGGAUGACAUUGCUGCAGUGAAGACUGUUACAGCCUCUAUAAUAGACAGCAAACUGGGAACACAGGAUGAGCCAUCUGUCUAUGUUCUGGUUCCUUUCAGUGAUCCAGGUUUUGGGCCACUGGUACGGACAACAGACCCAGAAGUCUUUAAGACUUACAUCAACUCACUAAGAGCAAGUGGAGGUGGAGAUCCUCCAGAAUUAAGUCUCUCUGGACUUCAGCUAGCUUUAACUGGUGCGCCUCCUAAUUCUGAGAUAUUUGUUUUUACGGAUGCUCCGGCCAAAGACAGACACCUGAGAAACCCAUUGAUUGCACUCAUAGAGCACACAAAGUCUGUGGUGAACUUUAUGAAAACUAAUGUAUAUGGGGUCCGUCAUCAAAGUCACGCAGACGGCAACCAACAACAAAACCAUCAGAUGGUCAAAUAUGAUGGCCAGCUGUACAGAGACUUGGCUCAAACUUCAGGAGGUCAGGCUGUUGAAGUCUCUAAGAGUCAGCUGCUUGAAGCCAUUGACAUUCUUACUGAAUCCACCAGCUCCUCUCUGGUAACUAUUCUGCAAGCAGUCAGGAACCCUGGAAAAGCUGAAAUUUGGACCUUUUCAGCUGAUGAGUCUGUGAGAAACUUGACAAUUUAUAUUACUGGAAGGAAUGUUGAUUUUAUGGUCAUUGAUCCUUCAGGUGUGGUUCACAAUAAUGAGAGAACAGGAUAUUCAAUCAUUUCAUCCAAGAUGGUUGGAAACCUCCAAACUGUGAAGCUACUGACACUUGUGGGAGUGUGGAAAUUAAGAAUAGAGUCAAAAAAUCCCUACAGUCUGAAGGUUGUAGGAGAGAGCUCCAUCGACUUCCUCUUUGACUUCAUUGAGGAGUCAGAUGGCCCAUUUGGAGGGUUUGAUGUAAUUGACAAUCGUCCCACAGCUGGUAGCAAUGCCAGUCUGUUGGUGACACUGAUUGGGAGCGACGUCGCCGCAGUUACAGAAGUCACUUUGGUUGAAUCGUCCGGUUCAGGUCAGGUUAACGGCACCGUGGAGCCCCAGGGUGGAGGGGAAUAUUUUGUUCGCUUUGACAGGAUCCCAUCAGUUGAGUUUGUUGUACUUGUGAAGGGGCAAAACAACAACGGUAUCUCCAGAGGGUCUUCAGGGAUUUUCCAAAGGCAGUCCACCACCAGCCUUAGAGCCUCAGUUCUCACGGUUUCUGUUGAUGAUUUAGAUAUGGUCUUGGAGCCAGGAACAUCAAAAUCAGUACCUUUCACUGUGAUGACAACGGGUGAAGGUGGACGCGUCACCAUCCAAGCUACCAAUGACCAAGGCUUUACUUCAUCGUUCCCAUCCAGUUUGUCACUGGAUGCUGGAGGUAGUGCUAAUGCUACAGUGACCAUCACAGCUCCUGCCAACACCCCAUCCGGUACUGUUAUCACUCUGACCAUUGAGGCUGUGGCUCCAGGAGGUGCAGACACCAACUAUGCUGUGCUACAUUUAACCAUCCUUCCACCUGUAACUGACUUCACCCCACCAGUGUGUAAGCUGCUUAGCCUGAAGUCCAAAUGCUCUGAAAACUGCAAGCAGUCCAUGUGGGAGCUCUCUGUCCAGGUCACCGAUGAAGUUAACGGGACGGGUUUGGACAGCGUCCGUCUCAGAGAAGGCAGCGGCACUUUGAACAUCAGCACGGCAGCUGACAACGAGAAUGCAAGUCUAGUGUCUUAUGUAGCUUCCUGCUGCUCCCCUGAUGUGGAGCUGGUGGCUGUAGAUCAAGUUGGCAAUGUGGAAAUCUGUAGUUACUCUGCUGCCUCUUGGUCUGCAAGAGUUGAUUACUUGAUUUUACUUUUUGUUGGCUCCACAUUUCUAAACCUCUCUCUACAGGCUGAGACUGUGAUAUUCUGAACCCUACAUUUUUCAUAAAAUAUUCUACAUUUUGGAAAAAAAUAAUUAUGUACUAAACAUUAGCUGGUGAUAGUACAACACUUUUGUGAA